AGGUAUUUAUAAUCUCAAAUAAUUUCUCGGCGCAAAUCGUGAAAAUCCACAGGUACUAUAGCGAGCUAUGGAAAACGAAGAGAGCUUGGUCAGGAUGAAGGAAGAGCCCGAUGAUAAUUUACCAGAUGCAGGAGAAGAUUAUAAUUUCGAUUCCGUGGGCUCUGUUCAAGUCGAACAUUAUGAAUCGUUCGCGUGUUACAAGACACCAGAAAUUCACGCCAACGAGGUUAUGGCGUUACAGAAACAGUUGGACGGAGAAAUAUUCGUUGACUGUGAGUGUGAAUACGUUAAACCUGAACUGAAACCUGAACUGUUGCCUUUAUCGACCAUUAUAUGUAAAACUGAGUAUGAGUAUCGGAAUAAUCCACCUAUUGUGAAAGUAGAAAACCAAAAUCAGAAUCGUUGCUCGAAAGAUCCAAUCAUUUUAAUAAAGAAAGGAUUCGAUUAUGAUAAUAAUGCUCAAUUUCAAGUGAAUUCUCAAUUGGGACUUGACGCACAUGCGAAGAUUAAAAUAUUCAGAAAAACUACCGGAACCAAGCUAUCUAAAGAGUAUGCCAUUUUUCGGAAAACGUGUGAAACUGGAGCGGGUUUAAAUACACAUAUCAAUACGACACGUAAGGUCAAGAAGCCAUAUGAAUGUAAAAUUUGUCACAAAUCAUUUGGAUUAAAAAGUGACCUCAAGCGUCACAUAAGUGCAGUACAUGAUCGGAGCAAACCUUUCGAGUGUGAUGUUUGCCACAAAUCAUUUGGACGAAAAGGUAAUCUAAAAAGUCAUAUAAAUGGAGUACAUGAUGGUAGCAAACCCUUUGAAUGUGACAUUUGUCAUAAAUCAUUUGGAAACGAAAGUCAUCUUAAUGCUCACAUAAAUACAGUUCAUGCUCGUAUCAAAUCCUUUGAAUGUGAGCACAUGAUCGUAGCAAACUCUUCAAGUGCGACAUUUGACAAAUCAUUUAGUUACAAGGAAGACCUCAAGAAUCACUUAGUAAAUAAAUGUCACCAUCAGCGUGAUUAA